GACCCAGCCAUAAAUCUCUACGUCGAGUCGUGACUUCCUGUGAGAAGCGUGCAUUUCGUUCUCCAGACCUCACUCCUCUUUUUGACAUCAAUUGAUGACCAUGUCGGCGAUCAAUCGAGGUGUUCGAACUGCUAGCAGAAAUCUACGAGUGCCCUUCCUCCAAUCGCGAGCUCUUCGUGCCCCUCUUAUUACGUGCAGACCGAACUUCGCAGCUUCACAACGCACUUCAUCCUUCAAACAAUUCUCCACAAUGUCACCCUUACAAUCUAGUGCCCCGCCACCACCUCAAGCCCGCGAAUAUGAUCCAGAAAUUAAAGACAUCGCAAGCUAUGUUCACAAUACGCCAAUCGAUUCCGACCUGGCUUUCGACACAGCUCGAUUCGUCUUCCUCGAUACAUUAGGCUGCGGCCUCGAAGGUCUACGGUUUAAAGAAUGCACGAAGCUGCUUGGCCCAAUUGUUGAGGGAACUGUGGUUCCCAAUGGCACUAAGGUUCCAGGCACCCCAUUUCAACUUGAUCCUGUCAAUGGAGCUUUCAACAUUGGUGCUAUGAUCAGAUGGCUGGAUUACAAUGACUGCUGGCUUGCUGCGGAAUGGGGACACCCUUCAGACAAUUUGGGAGCUAUCUUAGCCGUCGCAGACUGGAUCUCACGAACGAAUCGAGCUGGCGGAAAUCUGGGCAAUGGAAAAGUCAUAACCGUCAAAGAGGUUCUAGAGGCUAUGAUCAAGGCACACGAGAUCCAAGGAUGCUUAGCACUUCUGAACUCCUUUAACAAGGUCGGACUUGACCAUGUUGUUCUUGUCAAGGUUGCUUCUGCUGCCGUUGUCUCGAGAAUGUUGGGCUUGUCCGAGAAGCAGACGGCCGAUGCCGUCUCGCAAGCUUGGGUUGAUGGCCAGAGUUUGAGGACCUACAGACACUCUCCCAACACUAUGUCAAGGAAAUCGUGGGCUGCUGGUGAUGCUUGCCAACGUGCAGUGAACCUUGUUUUGAAGGUCAUGAAGGGCGAGCCUGGGGUCCCAACCGUCCUGUCCGCCCCAGUCUGGGGUUUCUACGACGUCCUGUUCAAGGGCAAGAAGUUCGAGUUCCAGAGACCAUAUGGUAGCUAUGUCAUGGAGAACGUGCUGUUCAAAGUCUCAUACCCAGCCGAGUUUCACUCCCAAACCGCGAUUGAAGCUGCGAAGAGAAUCCAUAAACAAUUGGCAGACCAGGGGAAAUCCGCCGCUGAUAUUAAGGACAUUACUUGCCGAACUCACGAAGCUUGUAUUCGCAUUAUCGACAAGCAGUUCAAGCCUAUGGACAACUUUGCGGACCGUGACCAUUGCAUUCAGUACAUGUGCUCAGUCAUGCUUGUCUAUGGCCGUCUCGAGGCUACUGAUUAUACCGACGGAGGUGAGGCAGCAACUUCGCCACUCGUUGAGUCGCUGCGCCAAAAGAUCAAGUGCGUUGAAGAUCCCCAAUUCACCAAGGACUACCAUGACGAGAACAUGCGAACCAUCCCUAAUGCCUUAACCGUCACUCUGAACGAUGGCACUGUCUUGGAAGAAAUCGUUGUAGAGGCCCCGUUGGGACACAGAUUACGAAGAGAAGAAGCGAAGCCAGAAAUCCUGGCCAAAUAUAAGAGACACUUGGGCCCACACUACAGUGAACAAAAGGUGAAAGAGUUGGUUGACCUCGGAAACGAUGGCAAAAAGCUAGAAAACAUGGCUGUGGAUGAAUACGUUGACUUGUAUGUCAGCAAAGACAGUAAGUUUGUUUAAAAACCCAACUGGAAUCCCUAUAGAUGAGAAUGAACAACACUUCCGAAUCUUCGAU